AUGAGUUGCAAAUCUAUACAUAUUGACCGACUCAAUACCUACUAUUUGAUGAUAGGUGCAAACAAGGCAAUUACCAAGAAGAUUGGAGCCAAGAAGGCAUAUGAGCCUCCUGCAGCUAUCCAGAAUGCCAUGAUGACCAAAGACAAGAAGCCAUUCACCUAUACUCCAGGUGGCUUGAACCUGAACGAGAUCCGCAGCCCAAGGAUGGCGCGAAGGAUCUCAAGAAAUGCUCACACCGAAGAUAGCUGCACGGCACCAGUACAGCAACAACCUCCGAACAGCGGACAGCCAUUGCCGCCUGCUGCCAUCGCAGCGAUGCAGCCCCAGAUCGCGGUGGCAGUGCUACCUCAGUCGCCGCCACCACCUCCCCCACCCCCACCGCCUCCAUCCGGGCCCUGUCCACCCUCUUCUGCUCCACCGGCACCCACCCUCCCGCCCCCGACUUCUCCUUCCAACAAGCCGCUCGACUUUCCACCGAGACCCGAAUUCCUCGCCGAUAUCGCCAGUCAUCCACCGCUACGUCCUGUUGGACAAGCACCGCGGUCUUCUUAUGAUGCUCAGCCCCCAGAAUUCUUGGCUGAUAUUGCUAGCCAUCCUCCAUUAAGACCAGUAGGACAGGCACCUCGUUCUUCAUACGAACCACAGCCUUCGACUAUUCAAGUUCAGCUCAAACCUGUCUCUCCUAAAGCUUCUGUGGAUCAAAAUGACUCAGCGCCAAUUGGACAGCUCCCUUUCGUUCCGAGGCCUCAGGUAGAGAUACCGAUCCAAAACCUUUCUAUUUCAAGCCAAGGUGUAUCUCCUCCAAUCCAGAAUCAAGUGAGAUCACCAUUGGUUCAACCUGUAAAGCCACCAGUAACUCCACUGGCUCAACAAAUUAGAGCUCCACAAACUCCACCACUUCAAUCAGUCAGAACACCUCCGACUCCACCAGUUCAAUCAAUCAAAACGCCCCCAGUGGCUACAGUUCAAUCAGUCACUCCUCCUUCACCGACCCCACCCCCAAUUCAGAGACAACCUAAUACACCAUCGACCCCCACACUUAAUAAAUCUCCUGCUCCAUGGUUGACAAACAAAACGGCACAAAAGGAUGUACAACCCCCUUGGACUAUGAGACAGCAAUCUAUUGAACCUCAGCUUUCUUCUCCACAAGUUCAGCAACCACUACAACAGCCUAUUCAAACACCAGGUCAACAGCCUGUGACCAGAGUCAUACCAAUUCAGAUUGAAGGCAGAGAACCAGCAACGCCUCCAGCACCAAUGCAACAAUUUGUACAAACUACACCCAGAAACAUUCAGUCACAGCCUCCAGAUUAUGCCACUGCACCUCAACAUCAUCAACAACCAUCUCCCGCUUACAUGCAAACUCAACCACAAUAUCCCCAAUAUCCAACUCCACAGCAACAAUACACAUAUCCACAACAAUAUGUGCCACCACAAUUUCAACAAUAUGGACAAACAGUUCCACAACAGCAGUAUGUACAAUCACAGCCUGUGCAACAAGAAGUGCAAGGAAGGACUAGAAUAAUACCAAUUCAGAUGGAAGGAAAUGGCCAAGAUAAUCAGCAACACACAUCUCAAAAAUCAGUUUACCAAAGCCAGAACAGCCUGCCAGGAAACAUUCAAAAUAGAAAUCAAAAUGGUGAAGCAGACCCACGCAAAUUUCAAACACAAACUAGCUGGUCAGGAAACCCAACACAGUCACGAUCAUUCAGGGUACUACAAAAGAUUACUGGAUCUGAUGAUGAACCACAAGCUCCUCUACAACAAGUACCCCAAGGUGAAGUAAUACUAGUCAACAGAGUAUACCCGGCACAAGCCACAGAACCAGUGAGCAGAGAAUAUAGUGGUUGGGGUACUAACACUCCUCCUCUCUAUCCUAACUACUGGUAUAAUCCUCCCCAAACCCCUGAAGAACAGCAACAAUUCUGGGAGCACUAUAAUGCCAUGUGCAAUUACAUGGCUCACAUGAAUGCAACAGCUAUGAGAUACAGUCCUUAUCCUUUCCCCCCUUAUCUCCCUCCCUACAUGCCAUAUCCUAGUGAUACAGAGGACUAUUCGAAUUCGUCAAGUGAUGAAAUGACAAUAUACGGCAAGAUAUUUAAAGAACAUGCUCAACAAAUGCAGCAACAAGCUCAUAACAAAAGCAUGCAGUCUAUUCCAGAGUCCAGUGAUUCCACACCAGCAGACCUCACAGAAACAGAAGGUGAGGAUACAAGUGAUACCGAUACAGAAGUAGAAGAGAGGUCACAAAAUCCUAUACCGAGUAUCCGUUCAGUACCAAAUAUAAAUAUUUAUGCUUGUAAUUCUGAUGAAUCUUCAGAAGAUUCUGAAUCAGAAGAAGAAGAGGAGGAAGAAACAGAAGAUGACUCUCUACCGCACCAGUUGAGUGUAAUUUAUGAAGAGAGUGACUUUUCUUCAGAAGAAGGCAGAAAGAGUAGUGCAAAAAGCCCUUAUGAGAGUGACAAUAGUUCAAGUUCUACUUUGAAAAAUAAAGAUGAAGAUGAGAAUGCUGUCAAAGUGCGCCUUCCACUGCAAUUAAAGUUCACACGUUUAGAAAAUGAUGAAGAAAUUGCUACAUUAAUUGUAGGUAAUAGCGAAAUGGAGGCCAGCAAAACCAAUGAAACUGAAGAAUCUGGUUUGAUAAUUACAGAUAUUAUAAAAGAAGAAAGUGAUCCAGAUAUCACUGCAACUAUCAUACUUAAAAAACCAAAAGCAAACAAUCUGAUCAAACAGAGAGAAGAUUCUCCAGUGGAUUUCUGGAAAGAAUUAAAUGGAGAGAGCAAUGUAUCUAAAAAUGUUGAAAUUAGAACCUCUGAAGAUGAUUCUAAACAAGAUGAAAGUGAUUUCCAUUGGGAAGAUGAUUCUAGCAGCACAAGUGUUCAAACAGUGAAGAAAGGUAUCUCUGGAAAUGAUUCCUCUAGUGAGGCGGAAGCAGCAGCAAAUUUAGAUGAUCAAGAGGAAAUAAACAAUAUUCCUAAAGAGAAAUCUGCUGCAUUAAAUGAAGUCAGUAGUGAGGACACGUCUGAAUCUGAUGAAAGUAGUGAAGAAGAUGAAGAAGAAGAAGAAAAAGCAUGUUCGAAUGUAAAAAAAGAACAAUCCGAAACCGAGGAAGAAGAAGAAGAUUCAGAUAGCACUUCAUCAUCAUCAAGCAGCGAUGAUGACAGUGAGCAUUCCAAUGUAUUUAAUGAAAAUACUGGGCAACAGAAUUGCUUGGUUAAGAAAAAGGAACUUAUUAAUUCUAAAUCAUUUGAAGAAAGUGAAGAUGAUUCUGGUGUUACCUCAGAUCUAAGUAGACAUAUUUCUGAAACUGACACUGAUCCUGAAUGUGGUAGCGAGCUUAGCAAAAUGUCAAGAUAUCAAAGAGCCGCCACACAUUCAAGAUUAUUCAAAUUGUUACAAGAGGAGUGUGAGGCAGAAGAUAAUGCUGAAAAAGCACAAUCAAUUUCUCAAAGGAAAGAAAGAUUAACUCUGCCUCUGAAUAAUACUGCAGGGGGUGAAGACAGUCUUAGCUCUUCUUCAGGAAUCAAUUCGCCUUCCUCUCCCACUGUGAAUGAUAGACUUGUUAAAGAAUUGAUACAAAGUCUUUUGAGCAGAAAGAAAGGAAGACAUUUUAGAAAACUCCCGAUUGAAAAACUACAUGCAGCUGCCUUACGAAUCCUUCAAGAAGACAUGGACCGGUACGACUCUGUUUCUACAUCUGAUGAGAGUAAUCUUUUCUUAUCACCAGUAAACAACUACAAUAAAGUAAAUGCUGGAACUUAUACUGAUAGCUCAUUACUCGACCCAGAGUCGUAUGGAGGAAAUUAUUAUGAUUAUUGUGAUUAUUACAGUACGUGGGGAACUGUGGAUAGUUCAGCAGAACCUGAUUAUGAUAUUGUGCCUUCAAAGACUUUCAAAAUACUCCAAAGACAGGCACAAGGAGAACCAACUGGUGUAAAAGUUAGGUGUCCUCGAGUUCCAAGUUCCAAAAAUGUGCGGGAGCAUCUUACAACACCUAUUCCUUCAUUCUCAUCUCCUAUCCCAAAGGAAACAUAAAAUAUAGAAUGACUUCUGAAGGUUUUGUCUUCAAUUCUUUGUCUGUACAGUCACUGUCAGUAUAGGAGAAAGAUUGGAUGAAUCUGAAUACUGAGGAGCAGUGACUGCAAUUUUAUCUGCUUCAGUUUGGCUUCUUUACUUGUUUUAAAUGAGAAAAGAUUGAGUUUUUAAGCAAACGUUUAUUUAAGGAAGCAUUUUAGAAAAUUUAUAAAUUCGAUAGUGGAUACACUAUCAUCUUACCAGGAAAUGAGUAUGCAUGGAGACAUCCACUCACAGGAUAGAUGUACAUGCACUGAAUGUGAUCAAACAUUAGGAAUGGAUAUCAUAAGAUUAGUUUUCAUUUUAAAUGUUAAAAGAAUGGUUUAUAUUUUAUUUUGAUUUCAAAAUUUGUUUUAUGUUUUUCAUCAUGAAUCUCCAAAUUGAUAUUAAAUGAGCAAUUUUUAUUUAGUUGAUUUAAAAAAAAAAAUGUUUAAGUUACUGUUAGUUUAACCAUCAUUGUUUACUAUUCAUAAGAUGUGUUGUUUUUAAUUUUAAUGUGAAUGUGGUUUAAAAGAAAUGCUAAGUUGAUUUUUUUGUUGAAAUAAAACAAUUUUUAAAAACUGCAGUUUUGAAUCAAGGCAGUAUUAAGUAAAAUUUAAUAUUUAGUAAUUUCUUAUUUAUUGUUAACUACAUAAGAAGUAUUAUAAUGUAUUAUUAAAUCACAUCACUUCAGCAAUUGCUUUUUUGAAAAUAUGAACUACUAUUUAUGUUAUUAUUUGAAUUCAUUGAUUGCUUUGUGAAAUUCAAGUUCGUAAAAUAUAAACAAUUUUGAAGUAAAACUUUUUUUUAUAUAUAUAAAUUAUAUUGUGUUGAUUUUUUUUAAUGAAUUGUGUUUGAAUUUUUCUUGAUAUGUCAUUAUAUAAAUUUGAAUUCAUAAUUAAAAUUAUUUAAUUAAGUAUUUCAAAUUAAAAAGUUCCUUGGAUAAUUGUUAACAUUUUGUUCAUUUUGUAAAUUACCCAGUAUCUAUAAAAAGUAUUUUUUUCAAUCAAUAUGUACCUUAUUUGAGAUCUGAAGUGUUAAUUUGGCCACAAAAAUAAAGUUAAAUGAAUCAUACUACCUAGUAAUAUUAAUUUACCUCUGUAAUCUAUAUCAUUGUUGCUUCUUUAUUUAUUUGUUUUUAUUAUCUAUUUCGUAUACUCAUCCAUCAGUGAAUAGUUAAUAUAUAUGUGUAUAUUAUGUCAUAUGUGUGAUGUGAGAGGAGUUGUUUCGCUGUAAAGGUGCAAAAUCUAGAUUGCUACGUUACACUCCUCAACUUGUUUUUUAAAUGAACCAUUCUUUGGAUUUUUUGUUUUAGUAAUUUCUACAGACAGACAUUAAGAUAAUAAUAACUUAAUAACAAAUAGAAUAGUAAUAUUAUAAACAAAUUGAAGUGGAAAGAUUAGUCAAUCAUUCCAACAAAUUAUCAGUUAAAUAAAAAAUAAAAUAUUUUAAUUAUUUUUUUUAAAUAGUUUAUUCCAUAUGGAUUUCUCAUAAAUCUUUUUAUUUAUAUUUGAUGCUCUAAUAGCAAUAAAAUAAUUAUUAAAAUAAAAAAAAAUAAAAGAUAGAUAAAUGGGGGAAAAAAGACUCUGGGACUAGGUCUUUUGAGAAUAAUAAAUAUAUAAAAAGAAAAAAAUAUCAUACCAAAAUACUAUAUCUCAUUAAUAAAAAUAAAUAUGCAUAUAUAUUGUCUAUAAAAAAAUAUAAGCCGCAUAAAAAAAAUUCUCUUGAAAAGGUAACAAAAAAUAGUAACAAAGAAAAAGAAAUAAAAAUUACUAAGUAAUUCCCAAAGUUAAAACAUAAACAUUAAAAAUCUUUAUUAAGUUAUAAAUAAAUUAUUAAGUUGUUAAGUUAUUAAAUAAAUUAUUAUUAAGUUUUAAGACAAUGUUGCAGUUCGGCUUCCAACUAGAAUUCCAUUUGUGCAUCCAUUUGUUCUUCAAUUAUUUUUUUUUUUUAACAACUUUUAUCCUCCUCAUCAAUUUACUAAAUUAUUCAAUAUACCUAAGAAGUAUUGAACAGUGCAGGUAUAAAAAUAAAAUUGUGGAAAAAAAAUGUUGUUUAUCAUGCUGUACUUAAAAUUUUUGUUUUAUCUAUGAAUGACAAUUAAAUAUUGUCAAAAUAAACCACAAUUAAAAGUUUUUGUGGUUAAAUAAAAAAAAAAUAUCUACUAGAUCACUUUUUUCCAUACCUGCAAUCAUUUAUUAUUUCUUCAUUAAAUC